AUGACCGGAGCUGGCAUGAGACUCUGCAAGUUGAACACAAACGACGACGAUUGGCAGCGGUUUUUCACUUCAAACGGAGCGAACAAGGGUGCAGCAGCUAUUUGUGACAACACAAAAGAGGUAAAGAUUCUCCGCCUGCUAUGGAACCGGAAAGAUGAUCGGCUAGCCAUAAACAUGAAAAACGUAUUCGAGUUAAUAGACGAGAGAAAGGUCACCAAACGGAGCCUCCUACAAACAUCAGCCCGCAUAUAUGAUCCUCUCGGAGUGAUCGCUCCCGUUGUCGUUACGGUGACGCUAUUGUUUCAGAGACUAUGGGAGUUGGCGUUGGAAUGGGACGGAUGUCUUCCGGACGGCAUUGGUGAUGAGUGGUCGGACUGGUGUUCCCAACUUUCUGCGCUUCAAGAAAAGCCGAAUCCUCAAAAAUACGCACACUUGAAUCAAAGGAGCGAUGACACGACUGUCCAACUUCACGUGUUUGGAGAUGCUAGUGCCAAAGCCUACGGGGCAGUGGCCUACCUUAAGACAGGAAGCAAAAGAAACGUAACGAUCGCACUUCUGAUGUCUAAAUCAAGAGUUGCUUUACUGAAGAAGCUGACCCUUCCAAGGCUCGAACUGAUGGGAGCCUUGAUAGCGGCAAGGUUGCAUCGUAAACUAAUAAACACGCUGAAUUUAUCUAUACAAGCCGCAUACCUAUGGACUGAUACGAACAUCGCCAUGCACUGGAUCAAGGGGUCUGCUAUAAGAUGA